AUGAACCAUUCAACUGUUAAUAUUCUUGCUCUAUGCGACGAGAUGGUGCUUGCCAUUUUGAACAAACUCAAUAGUAUGGAUGUAUUAUAUUCACUCAUAGGAGUCAAUAAAAAACUAGACAGUUUGGUACGGGACAUUACUUUUACUCAAUCUAUUGACUUAGUAACAAUAUCAUCAAAUGAACAUAAUGACUCAAGAAAUAAGUCAAUACUCGAUCGAUUUUGUUUUGAUAUAAUACCUCGAAUUCAACACAAUAUUGAAAGUCUUACUCUUGAUCCAUUGUCAAUAGAUCGUGUUCUUUGUAUUGGAAAUUAUUCUAAACUCCAUAAAGUCGCUCUUGUUAAUGUUCAAUUUGAAAUAGCAUCUCGUAUUUUCAAUAACGAAUCAUCAUUUGUUCACAAUUUCAAACAUCAGAUUUUGGAUCUUACUGUUACGAUCAAUGCAGACAGAACAGGUGAACAUAUAUGUAAAUUAUUCACCAAUGUCUUUACCACUAUUUUUAUAAUGUUUACGAAUUUAAUUUAUCUUGAUUUCCGUUCGAUCAAUGAUUGCUUGUCUUCACCAAGGUCACUUAAUAAGUUCCUAUCUCCAACAAGUUAUUCGUCAAAUAUUGUUCAUUUGACUGUUAGGGUGUACAAUUUUAAUGAUUGUCUUUGUUUACUUGAUGGAGAUCUUAGUCAAUUACAUACAUUUAUUGUGCAAGUUGAUACAAUUUAUAACACAUCAAUGAUUAUUAAUAUUAUGAAAACGGUUUCCACUCUAAAACAUUUCUCGUUGACUUCAUAUCGUCGCACAAGAGAAUAUGACAACAAAAUUUUGCCAUUGCUUCGUCAAAUGUUACAACUAGAAAAACUUACAUUAUCCCUCCGUGUCUGUAGUCGUACGUCUUUAAUUGAUGGCACUCAUUUGCUUAAUGAUAUUCUUAGCGAAAUGUCACAUCUACAUACAUUUAUUUUCAACAUUAUUACUCAAAGUACCAUGAUGAACGAAGAACUUUUACCAACACCUGAUGAUGUUAGUCGUCCGCUCAUACAAAGAGGAUAUAAUGUUGGAUGCUAUACUGAUUUUUGUCAAAUGGAAAUGUGCCAAUGCCAUAUUUACUCGCUUCCGUUUACUAUGGAACGUAUGGACACGUUGAGUAAUAAAUUUCCUGGUGGGUUAUUUAUGACUGUUCGUCACUUAGUGACUCAGCAUUUAUUUCGUCCAUUCGAACAUGAUUUUUUUGUUCGAAUCUCUCAUGCUUUUCCAUUACUGAAUAAAUUGAUACUAAUGAAUAAAAAUGAACAAGAGGAAAAGUUAACAUAUCAGAAAAAUGAACAUGAACAAACAUCUUCGAUUAUUGAAUUUUCUCAUCUUAUGAUACUUAAUUUCACUAUAUCUGCUCUCGACUAUGCGGAACAGUUUCUUUCCGACGUCAUCGCACGUCUGCCGUGUCUUAACACAUUAUGUAUCAAAUAUAUAGACUUGGUAUGUGUAACGCAGAAUUUCAGAAAUAAUGCUGCUCGUGCUAAUUGUUCAAAAUUACAGCAUACUAUCUUCGAUUCACCACCAACGACAUACCCAGAAAAUUUUUACCAUUAUUUUCCUUUGUUGUGUUCUAAAUAA